UCUCUGUUAUUCAAGAAUCAGAAAAGAAAAUGGCGAUCCAAAAAACCCACAAGGGGAAAACAAAACCAAGAUCUCCAACACUCAUACUUACAGUUUCCAUUGUAGCCAUAACUUUGUUAUACAUAGUUUCAACGUUGUUUUCCCCAAAUGGGUUCUCUUUUUCCACUUCCAUAACCUCAAAAAACUCAGUCUUUUCUAAGAAUCGUAGACAACAUAAUGGGCCUCAUAAGUAUCUUUAUUGGGGCAAUAGAAUUGAUUGUCCUGGAAAACAUUGUGAUACUUGUGCAGGUUUGGGUCAUCAAGAAUCAAGUCUUAGGUGUGCUCUUGAAGAAGCUAUGUUUCUUCGGAGAACAUUUGUUAUGCCUUCAAAGAUGUGUAUCAAUCCGAUCCACAACAAUAAAGGAAUUCUUCACAGUUCCAGCAAUUCAAUUUCUGAGGAAAGGUGGGCAGAUAGUUCGUGUGCUAUGGAUUCUUUGUAUGAUCUAGAUCUCAUCUCUGUCACUGUACCUGUAAUUUUAGACAAUUCUGAAAUGUGGCAUCAUGUCCUGGCUACAAGCAUGAAGUUAGGUUCUAGAGGGGUUGCCCACGUUGAAGGAGUUAGCAGGGCUGAUCUCAAAGAAAAAAGUUCUUACUCAAACAUUUUGCUUAUCAAUCGAACUGCAAGCCCGCUUUCUUGGUUUGCAGAAUGCAAGGAUAGGAAAAAUCACAGCUCCAUUCUUCUGCCAUAUUCGUUUCUUCCUUCAAUGGCUGCGGAAAAACUACGAUAUGCAGCAGAAGAAAUCAAGAAGCUGCUUGGUGAUUAUGAUGCUAUGCAUGUUCGAAGAGGUGAUGUUCUGAAGACAAGAAAGGACAGGUUUGGGGUUGAACGAAGUUUGCACCCUCAUUUGGACAGGGAUACACGUGCAGAGUUUAUUCUAUGCAGAAUAGCAAAAUGGGUCCCGCCUGGGCGAACCCUUUUUAUUGCUUCGAAUGAGAGGACACCAGGUUACUUUUCUCCUCUAGCUGUGAGGUACAAGCUGGCGUAUUCCUCGAAUUAUAGCAGCAUUUUGGAUCCACUGAUUGAAAACAAUUACGAGCUCUUCAUGGUAGAAAGGCUUAUUUUGAUGGGAGCAAAAACAUUUAUCAAAACAAUGAAAGAAGACGAUAAUGAUCUCAGCCUCAGCGAUGAUCCUAAAAAGAAUACCAAGAAAUGGGAAAUACCGGUGUAUACAAGAGAUGGUGAAGAAUGUUAGCUCUCAGAUGCUUGAUGAAGAAUACCGGCUAUUUUGUUCUUCUGUUGUAAAGCAAAAUCUUUGUGGUUUCCUUUGUGAAUGUCAGAGUUGUUAGGUACUAGUUUAGAAAAGUGCCUGUUUCUACAUGUUGUAUGUAUAUUAUGAUAUGGGAGGGCUUCAAUUGGACAUAGAGUUUAAUUGAAAACAUGAAGUGUUGAUUAGGUCAUUCUUUGUUAAAUCCAUGAAAAUGGUGCUGCCUGAUCAAGAAAUGUUAAAUUUUAUUGAUAAGUUUGAUAUAUAUAUGGUGCGAAGGAAAAUGUUUUUCAUGAGAAA